CCCGGCGCAAGACAAUCCUCGAGCCUGAGCGGAACCCAGAGCCCAGCUGCCGACCCGAAAAGCAUGGCGCCCGUGUCCUUUUCAUCCGACAACUCAAUCUCCUCGCACACUCUCUCCGCAGGCUCCGCCCAACCGUCACCAAUGGACCUUAACGCGACUGCGACCGCAAACCCCGCCGCGAAGCUCCUUGCAAGUCCGCUUGCAUUCCUCCAACCCACCACGCAACUGAAUGGUGCUUUUCUGGCUGCUGCAAAGCAGUUCCUGGACCCGAUCGCGGCGGGCGUCAGCGAAGAACAGGCGCAGCGGCAGCAAGAGCUUAGGAAGAAGAGGAAGCGGGGCGAGGGCUACGAUGGCGACAUCAGAGUUCUGCACCUUAAAAAGGUCCACCUGCAGGGCUUCGGCGUGAACCAGGUCUUCGAGCAGACCAGGAAGAUUGUGGAUGCUGCGGCUGAGGAAAUCGAAUUGGCGCUGCCUCAGGGCGACGAGGACGACACCCUGGCAAUCGGAGAGGCCGACGACGACGAAAUUUCUGAGGGCAGUGGCGCAGAGGUGGACGAGGACGAGGAUAGUUCAGACAUUGGCGAGGAGGGUGUAGACUGGGAGUAUGACGGCGAGGAUGUAUCGGGUGAAGAAGGACUAGAGGGUGAGGAUGACGAGGACGAAGAUGCGUCAGAUGGUGAGGACGUCGACGUGGAAGACGACGCGGAGGGCAUCUUCUCCGACGGCGGCUCCGAUUUGGACGAGCCGGCCGAGACGUAUCGUCCAGACCCUAAUGGCUUGAACGAUGGCUUCUUCGAGAUCGACCAGUUCAACAAGGUCACAGACUUCCUUGAGCAACGAGACAACCAAGGCGAGGCUGCAGACAGUGAUGAAGACGAGAUCAACUGGGAAGCCGAUCCAUACUCUGCAACAGCUAGCAAGAAAGGGGCUACUGGUGACGACGAAGACAUGGACGACGAGUCAGACGACGAAGCCGGUCCUACCUUUGGCAAUGUUGACCUGAACGCACCGGAAGGCGAAAGCGACGACGAAGAGCUCCAGGACGGCGAGAUGGACGGCAUGGACGAGGGCGCGAAUGCAAACAAUAUCAUGUACGCGGACUUCUUCGCGCCGCCAGCAAGCAAAGUAGGCAAGAACAAGAAGAAGCGAGGACGUCCCAAUCCGCACAACUUUCCCGGCGCAGAGGACCCUCAAAACACAAAACCAGAUGAGGACGACAUACAGAAUGUCAUUUCAAGAGUUCACGGUGAUCUGUUCUCAGACGAGGACGACGUAGGGUCCGACGACGACCUCAGCGACGCCGACCCUUCAGACCCGAAAUCACGACGAAGUACGCACGAACGCCGGCAAGCCAAGCUCGCAGAGCAAAUCCGCAAGCUUGAAGCCGCCAACGUUGCGAAGCGUGGUUGGCAGCUCGCCGGAGAAGCGCGCGCGUCUGACCGUCCCGUCAACUCCCUACUAGAAGAAGACCUCGAGUACGAGCGCGCGGGCAAACCCGUCCCGGUAAUCACACAAGAACUUUCAGAGGACAUCGAAGCGCUCAUCAAGCGGCGCAUCCUCGCGGGCGAAUUCGACGAAGUGCGGCGGCGGCGCCCCGAUGACCUCGCCACGGGCCCCCGCGAGCGCCGCGGCCUCUUCGAGCUCGACGACACGAAGAACACAAAGGGACUCGCCGAGAUCUAUGAGGAGGAGCACCUCAAAGCCGUGGAUCCCAACUUCGUCGAUGCCCGCGAUGAGAAGCUUAAGAAGGAGCACGCCGAGAUCAGCGAGCUGUGGCGUAGUGUAUCUGCAAAACUGGACGCGCUUGCCAGCAGCAACUUCAAGCCCAAGCCUGUGGCUGCGAACCUGGAGAUCCGCGUUGACGCGCCGGCGAUCACGAUGGAGGACGCGCGACCCACGGCCGGCGGCGACGUCGCAGGCGCCAGCAUGCUUGCGCCGCAGGAGCUGUACCGCCCCGGCGAGGACAAGGACGGCAAGAAGAACAAUGCCGAGAUUGUGACCAAGAGCGGGCUGCCCAUUGCGCGAGAGGAGAUGACGCGGGAGCAGAAGCUGCGGCGGCGCCGUAGGGAGAAGGAGCGCAUCAAGAAGGCGGGCUUACACGCGGUGGAGAAGAAGGAUGAGGAGGCUACCGGCCGCGAGAAGAAGGCCAAGGAGAGGAAGCAGCUACUGGGUGAUUUGAAGAAGGGCGGGGUGCAGGUUAUUGGGAAGAAGGGAGUUGUUACUGAUGUUGAGGGGAGGGAGGUCAAGGAGGGAGCGAGUAGAGGCGCCGGGAGCUAUAAGUUGUAAGGCCUUAGCGUGGAUGGGGAUUGCAUUUGAGGCGCGUCAUGUUGAGC